GAGCAACGUUAGCCGGUGACGGGUGAUGAUAGUAAUACUAAAACGUAGUAUAAUAUAUUGUAGUAAUAAGCUGGCGAGCCGAAAAACUUUGCGCAAGAGAGCGAGCGAGAGAGGGCGAGUGUGUGUGAUAGAUAGAUAGAUUGCGGUAGACAGCAAAAGCAAAUUGCAGCAAAGUGCAAUUGUAAACGUUGUGUGUGCAAAUGCUAACGAGACCAAUUAAGCUACACCAAAAGCUUAUACAAUUGAUUGAGCGUUAAACGGCUAUUAAUUUCCCAUAUUAGUUUUCACAUUUUUGCAUUCGCUUGUGCCCACUGCUGUCUGGGCAGUUUGGGGCUCAUCCUGUUGAAGCGCUUUUUGGCUCUGGCUUCCGCAAUAAGAGACCGAAAAUCAAUAAAUUCUUGCUGUAUAAGUUACGGCGAAAGGUGCGCGCUCGCUGCACAAAAAGGAAACAGCGCUUACACGCGCCAAACAGGCGCGCGUAGGCGGCAACGUACCAAGGCAGAGAGAACGUAAAAACUACACACAAAGAGAGGGAGAUUGAGAGAGAGAGAGUGCGCGCACCAGCAACUGAGAGAGAGAGAGAGAGAGUUUUGUGCUCUGGAGCUCUGUUGGAGCACAAGGAAACAAAAGCAAAGCAUAGCGAAAAAUAACAAACAAAAAUAUAUACCAUAGACCGAUCGGCGAAUAAAUAGAAACAGCAGCACCCAAGAGUAAAACGUAACACAGCACGAAAAGUAAUAGUAUGUAGUAAUACUAGUAGUAGCCAAAGAGCGAGAGAGCAAGAGGACCCCACGGACAUCCAAACACACGCGCUCGCACACACACAAAGCGGUGGAGCAAGCUGUCGACGUCGACGUCGACGUUAACGCUUACGCCGACGUCGUAGUAGUAAGUUUUGGCUGUGUUGUGUGGGUGUCGCGUAAACACAGAAAGUGCAUGGGUAUGCGUGUGUGGAAUGUACGUGUAAAAUAAAUAAAACAAGGCACACAGCAAAAAAUCAUGAUAAAGUUUGUCAGGCACAAGAGUCGCGAGAAUUCAUUAAAGGCAACGAAAAAUUUUCUGCGUAAGAAGCGUGAAUCGAAUGACUCUGGCACCGAAUCUGAUGGUGAACUGCUCGAUGUGGAAAACAAACGCCACCUAGACGUGGAUAUGGAAACUAGUUUGAGUUCCUGCACGGAUGCAAACUCACCCUCAACGGAUACUGCAUGCUCAUCGGAGUCUUCAGCCAUUGCCGCCGCUGCUGCUGCAAUGAUGUGUCAUCAGACGUCGUCGUUAUCCUGCGCCCAUCUCAUGUAUGAUCAGCACAGCUCCGAGGAGGAGCUUGAGGUCAUUAAUGGUCCCUCAGCGGCAACGGCCCACAAGCCCUCUACCAGCAACAAUGCCAACAACAGCGGCACCACGGCUUCCUCUGCAUGUGCAUCGCGUCUGUCGAAUCGUGGCUGCACCUCAUCCUUGGAUACGGAGGCGCCCUAUGAUGAGCGAGCCACCACAUCCGCUAAACGCUCCAGCUCCACGCUAAUGGUGGAGAAUCGCAAGCGUUCGCUCGCUCACAGCUCAGAUGACGAGUUUCGCAAUUCGUUGGAGCCGAUUUUGACGCCCGUGAAUUUUCGCACAUCGCCACCAUUGGAGGCAUUUAAGCCAAAUCGUAGCCAUAUGAUGUUCCGCUCCACAACGCCCCUGAUCUUAUCGGAGGCACGAUGUGGCAUCGAAAAUAUUAAAUUAUGUGAUAAUAGUGUAAACGAGGAGAACGGCAGCAGUAAAUGCCCCAAGCUUGAUGCCGCUGCGCCGUCGUCAGCAGCAGCAGCAGCGGUGGCGCCCAAUGAGGGCAGCAACGAGAACGAGCCGAGCAUCAUCAAGCUGAAAAUGAGCAAUAGUUCGCAUCACAUCUAUCAGCCACAGCCCAAAUAUAGUUUCCACUACAAUAGCUCCCGUAGCAGUCCGGCCUCGACCACCGGUCUGGACAACAUGGAGGUUCGCUCGGUUAGUCCGCCCGCGAAAUUAUUCCAUUGCGCCAUUUCGCCCAGACGUCGGCCCAGCAAUAAUAUUGGCGGUGCGGCUGGAGUUGCCGCGGGAGGAGAAACUGCUGCAGCUGCUGCCACCCAGAGACUGCAGCGUGCGCAUCGGCCGUGCUUAGAUUUUGAUAAGAUGCAGCAGGUGAGUCUCUAAUCCAGAGCGCCCAUACAGCGAAGGGUACAGAGAAUGGCAAAUCAAAGACUUUUUAUACAAACCAACAUCCACAAUAAUAAUAACAAAAGAACAGCAGCAACCGCAAGAUUGUCGAUAUAACAUAACAGCAAUCGUUAUAAACGUCGCUGUGCAACUUUGUUGAGCAACUUUAGGCGCACACUACACGAUCAAACAGCUUGGCAUACAAAGAAUAGCAACAACAACAACAACAACAGCAGCAACAUAAAACAACAGCCACACUUACAGAAUUGUGUAAAGCUAAAAUACAACUUGAAAAACAAUUUUAAACAGUAAUUCGUAAAGCAAAAACAAAACAGAAUAACAAAAGUAUAACUAACAAUCUACAAUUUAAGCAGCUAUUUUUUCACUAUUUUAAAAAAGAGAAUGAGAGGUGAAUGAGCAAGUUGAUGAAUUUUUGUGCAGCAAAAGCAGCGAUAAUUAAAUCAAACAUAUAUAUAUCUACAUAUAUAUAUGUGUAUAUUGGAUAAAUGUUUGUAGCAACUACAGAUCUGUAAAUAUUGUAUUUGUGUGCGUUAACAAAAAAAAAAAAACAAAAUACAACAAAAUUGAAAUAAGAAACAAAACAAAAAUCUUUUUGAAAAUUGGCAAAGACUACGCACAUUAGCAAGUGUUUUAAUUUUUUUAAAUGUUUGCAAAAAA